AUGUCGACAAUUGACCCUUAUAUCGAUGUAUUUUAUGAACCUCUGACUGUAGUGAUAAGGGGUUCAUUGUGCAUUCAUUUGUUGGAGAUCGACUUGGUCAAUGAAAAAAAUAAUUUCCACAUUUUUUACGAGACCGGUAAAAAAACACCAAACUUCGCACUACUCUAUCGAAUGUCACUGGAAAUUUCCCGCUCUCGGUGCAAAGACAGCUGGUCGUGUGAUAAAAAUGAUUGCUUAAUUAACACUUCAAACACCCCAGCAAGAAAGAAGGUUUCUCACAUUUUCAAAAUGACGUGGCAUAAACUACCAUCAGAAUUUCAGGAAAUUUUCAAAAAUCUACGCAUGAAAAUACUAAAGCAACGUGCAAGAUCGAAGAAAGAUUUUCCAAUUUUAUUAGAACCUCACGUCAAAAGUCUUCCAAACAAUGUCGAGAAUAUUUUGUCUCAAAGCUUCGGGAUUGAGCCCUUAGACGGUAUCGAUUCUUCAUCACCAGGCGCGAGUCGCUAUACUCAUAAUUCUCCAAAUGAUAACGUCAAUUCAUCUCGCCAUGCAAUUGGAAACGUUCGCGAAAUUGAUACAAAUAAAUUCCUCGAUCCAAUUUGGUUACGAAGUUUCGAAAUCGGGCCCUUUAACAAUGGCAUCUCUUCCUUACCAAGUGAAAUUUUUUCGAUCCCCGAUGCUCAUAACACUUUAAUAAGCGAAUUUAACUCCCAGAUAAAUGGCAACGUCAAUUCGUUUCCUCAAGCUAUUGGGACUGUCAUAGAACUUCGAUCAAAGUCCAAUUAA